UGCCACCUGACCUGCCAGUGGCUCCCUGAUCCAGCUGUGCUGUUCGUCAUGGAGAAGGUCCUUGCCCUGCUGCUCGUUGCCCUCGCCGUGGUCUACGCAGUUCCUGACCCUCGGGGGAUCAUUAUCAACCUGGAAAACGGCGAGCUCUGCGUGAACAGCGCCCAGUGUAAGAGCAAGUGCUGCCGCCACGACGCGGUGCUGAGCCUGGCCCGCUGCGAGCCCAAGGCCAGCGAGAACAGCGAGUGCUCUGCCAAGACGCUCUAUGGGGUUUACAAAAAGUGUCCCUGUGAGCGGGGUCUGACCUGCGAGGGUGAUAAGACCAUCAUGGGCUCCAUCACCAAUACCAACUUCGGCAUCUGCAAUGAUGCUGGACGCUCCAGGGAGUAAAACCCUGAAGGACGCUCCUCCUCCACCACCUCUCCCUGGCUGCCCGCCCCCCUUGACCAGCACCUGCCUUUUCUGAUUGGAUUCUCCGCAAUUAAAGCUCUUCCUGCAACCUU